ACUUAGAAAAGCGCGUGAUCCAAGUGGUAAAAAUUGGCGGCUUCAGAUUAUUGGAUUCCCUUGUCGGUAAUUAAUCAGCUACAUUACUCAAUCGUGUUCACGAGGUAAAGGAAGUCCUCGCUCAUUACUGACGUGCUGUGCAGUUUUCGCCAUAUGUUCAGGAAAAAGAUCUUUCCAAAGCAUGUCUCGCACAUCUGCCCGACAGCAGCGUAUGCGUGAGCAGACACUGAAUGAAGAAUGCAUUGUUCAUGAAGAACUGGGACCCAGAACAUCAAGUGAAUGUCGAUCAAAAGGAUCCAAACUGAUCAUUAGUAGUCCAACGACAACAUCACACCCAUGUCUUAAUCUUCUUCUUUCCGGUUCUCAAGCUUCGACGCAGCAAAUUGAUGAUAAUGUUAAGUUAACUAGUCAGUACAACCGAGGAUUUGGAGCUAGUGCUCUCUUGGCUUCUUUAAAUGCAGCUGAUCAGCAGCAUCAGACGGAAGCUUAUCCAACUAAACUUUUUCAGCCAAUCGGAGAUUCACAACAAAUGAUAUUGCAACUACCUGAAAGAAGCUACCAGCAGAGGAACUUGACUUUCAGUAAUUGUGGCUCAUCACUUAUAGCUGCAAACUCUGGUUCUACUCAAAACUUUAAAGAUAAUAGUCGAAGUUCUCCGUACGUUAUGUCUACGUCUAACAGAGGACCUAAUCAAUCAUUACCUAUGCAUUUCACACCUCGUAAUUUACCACACGAUCAAGCAAAGCAAAUACAGUCUAAACGCGACAGUUUUGACGAUGGGACAUCUCCAAAUACACAAGUCAAAUCUAAUUCAGAACUGAGUAUACUUGAAAUGGAAUCUAUUGAGUCACCAACCCCUUCCGAUAUGAAUUCUCCAGUUGAAUCUUGUUUUGCAAAUAUAAUGGAAGAUCAAGGAAGUGAUAGCUUUGAUUUGAAUAAUAUUACACCGUCCAUAAAUCUUUCGUCAUCUGUUGGUGUUUCUGAUUCCACCAUUGAUUUUCCACAUCACACACCGGAUUCUUCCGAACGUUUACAACUUUCUACAUCAAAAUCGUCAGCAACAGCAAAAACGACGCUAAAAACAGGGAAUAAGCUGGAUUCCUUGGUACAAAUCAGUCCUAUAGAUACGAAUCCUUUUUUUUUGAAAGAAAGUACUAAAGUCAAUCGAGAUGACACUGGUAUGACAGUAUCGUCAUCAUGUCCAGCUACUGUACCAGAUGAUUUAUGUACAACGGAUAAUAAUACUAGUCCAUUACAGUCAGGAUCAAGAGCUGCUCAAUCGGUUUUAAGUGAAAGCGGUAGUAGUCCAUUGGGUGGUUUAAAUAGUACACCGGAAGCUACUAGUCUUCCGGUAAGUCAUGGCCCUCUUAGUAUUGGGAAUAUAUCUUCACCAACUAGUGGUCGAAAUAUAGAUGAUCAACGGGUAGCUUGGAUGAGAGAUCGAUCGAAAAAAGAUAGUCAUAAUCGAAUUGAACGUAAGCGACGAGAUUAUAUUAACUGCCAAAUUGCUGAACUUGGAAGUUUAUUACCUGAAGAUAUGUUCAGAGAUGGUGAUGGUAAAAAGAACAAAGGAAAUAUAUUGAAGAAUUCAGUGGAAUUUAUUUGUUUAUUACGUUCGGAAUUGGCACAAAUACCGGAAGUUCGACGAGAAACUAGUUUAGCUGCAAAAGUUAUCGGACAAUUGGUCAAACGUAUUCAGGAAUUAGAAUCAGUUACAAAUGUAGCAUCUAUGCAAACUUCACAUGCAAAUCGAAAUAAUCCGGAUUAUCAAAAUCUGUAUCAAGAAUGGAGUAUAUUGCAUGAAAACAAUUUACUAAAUUCAGUACCGAUUUGUACAACUAACUCACCAAUCACAAGAUCCUCAUUUCCACCAUCCACGACAGCUGGCGGUUCAUCUCCCGGCCUAUCUUCUGUUGGUACAGAUGAAAUGAUUAAUAGUGAUGCAAAAGUUGUUUUCACAAAUUCUAUGACUUCACCGAUUGUUGGAUCUGCUCCGGUACGUAGUAAUCCAUUAAGCAGUUUUCCGAGAAUAAAUUCGCCUGUUUCUAACACGAAUUUCUCCACCCGACCUACUGUGGGCGGUGGAACUGUCAUAGACUCACCUUUAAGAUUAAUACGUGCAAGGUGUACAUCGUUGACCGUGUCUACAACAGGGGUUAAUAGUUCAUCUAGUGAUGUAAAUAUGCCUUGUGUACGACUUCACGCCCCUGAAUAUCAACAACAGCAGACUAAUAAAAUGAGAAAUCAACGUAUUUUUCAACCAAAUCAAUCUCCUCAACCACGUAUUUUCCAGCCCGGCAGUCAGUCACAGUUAUGUUGUUCACAAUUCCAAUCUAAACCUAUAUCACAAUCUCAGCAUCCUUCAUCUUCGUUAUCUCCUCAGCAUCAUUUAACUGUCCAGCAUCAAUUACAGCUAUCUAGUCGUUCAGGAAUGACUUUUGGAUCGAUCCCAAGUCAACAGUACAUUAAUUCACACAAUAUUAGUGCAAGUUUACCGGUGAAUGUUAAUCCGUUACUUUGUGGUAUACAAGAUUCUGAUAAUAAUGAUUUAAAUGAUGAUAAGAUUGCACAAUUAUACUCAUUUGAUUCAUCAAAUAGUUCAUUUAUUCCUCAAUUAAAAUCUGAACCACUUUGUGAAGCAGAUUCAAAUUACAAUUCAAUUCAUUCAUUAAGUUUAGAUUUAUGUCAUGGUAACACAAAUAAUACAAUUCUAGAACCGGUCACACAUUUUGAUCCAUUAAUUGCAUCUGUUUUGCAAUCAUCGAAUCAACACUGUCAACAACACCAUCGACACGAACAACAAUUACAUCAACGUUAUCAAGACCAACAACAACACCGACAGCAUCUAUGUCAUCAUUCACAACGUUCUUUAAUGAAUCACAGCGGGAAAUCAUCUUCAAAGACAGUAGAUUUAUUUACACCACCAAUAAUUGGCUUAGAUAUAGAUGAAUUUCAAUUUGAUGAUGUCCCCAUGGAAUAAAAAUGCCACAACUAAUUAAUACUGUUAGUAACAAAGAUGCAUAGAUUUACCGAUUCACUGUGUCUAACUAUUCUUAUUUUCUACUUUUUAUGUAUAAAAUCUAAUUACCAUUUAACCGUUUAGAAAUAUUUUAGUUUAGUAGUUUCGCUCUUCUAUUCUUUUAUGUUCUUAUUCAUCGUCAAAUAAAUCGAGUUGAUCUUUUUUUCUAAAAAGUGAAUAAAAACGUACCGUUUCAUUUUUUGUUUGUUUGCCAUGAACAUCGCUGUUUGUAUGUCUACUUACUACCUUAUUCGUUGUGCUUGUGGUUUUAAGGUAUGCGCGUACCUGUUUGCAUCUUUUCUCCGUUUCUAUUUUCUUUCUGCUUGUUUUUCUUCAUAUUUAUGAUUUUGGAAACACAUACACAGGUGACUAUGUUUAGGAGAGGAUUUGGAUCAUGCAUUAGUUUCAUUUAUCAUUAUUGUUAUUAUCAUUAUAAUUUACUUUAAGUGAUAUUUCAUGGUAGGCACAAUUUAGCGCCACAUCUCAUUUGAACAAUGGGAUUUGAUGGCUUUUUUACUUCUAUACAAAAAUAUAAAAAGACAAUUGCUAGCAUUUUCUCUCCUCACAUAUAUUCUUGUUAUUAUUCACAGCAAUUAUUAAUAAUCUAGUCGCAUAUACACAUAUUGUUCACAUUGCUUAUAAAAAUAUGUGCCUUUUUGUACGAUUGAUUAUUAAUUUAUAUUUACAUUUUCAUUUUGUCAAAAUUGAUAAUGAUAACGUUGGAAUAUUUCCUGUAUUUAUCUUGUUCACAUUUUGUAGAAAUUUUCUUGCUUCUUCAGAUUAGAAGUAGAUUUCAUUCAAUAAGAAAAUUACCCGCAACAGUUAAAAAUUCCACAUUGACAUCAUUAUAUUUUUUUGUUGUUGUAUCCUGAUAUUCCAUGAGCUGAAUCUUUCUUGAUGGGUUUUCCCCUUCCCUUAAUUCUUUUUACUUUGUCUGCACACUACUAACAAUUUGUGGAAUUGUUUUUUUAUUGUUGUUAUAUUCAUGUUUCAUUUUGUUUUCUCAUCACUAGCUUUCUUUUCAGUAGAUAUUUUGUCUGUUUGAUAUUCCAGUUUCGCACUGACUAGUUCUUGUUUGUAUGUGUCCAAUCUAUAACUACUGUUGUUCUCUUUUAUUGAGAUAUACACAUACUCAUGAGUUAGUUUUGUCAUGCUAUCCCUUCCCAGGAACUAUAAACCAGUAAUGAAAAACAUACGGAUAUGUGUAUUGUAGAAGUGCAUAAAACUACUUCCUUAAGAUUUCUAUCACCCACUAUGAUUUUAUCGUCAAAGUAGUCCUUUUUGCAGACAAUUUCAAUUGGCUACUUUUAUAGUCACUUUUUAAACAGAAAUCAAUAAAUCUCCAGUCUUUCUUUUUUUUCCAUCAAAAUUUCUAUUUUUCCUUAUUUUUGCUAUUAUGCCAACUCGUGAAGAGACAUGUCGUCUUUUCGGCGCCAUCAAUCUUUAUUUUGAUUUAAACAAAGUUGAUUUACUACACUCUAUUUCCGUGCAUAUUUAGAAUUCACGAAAAAACCUGAAAAGAAGGUUGCUUUUCACAAAAAGAGAUUUGUUGUACAAUGAAGAUUUACUAGCGUUUACACAAUUAAUUAUGGGCAUUAACUUAGCGUUCCUUUUCUCUUUGUGUUGUCUAUUUCCUUACACGGUUGUACUUUUUAUCUGGAUAAAUAACUGACGAUAAGAAUAAUGAAUAGUCAUCAGUUAAAUUGUUGUUCACUUAUCUAUAUCAUCAUCAUCAUAUUAUUAUUAUUGUUAUUAUUAUUACUUCUGCUUUUUUCCCGUCAUAGAUUUUCAGAACAUAUAAAAGAAUAUAUUACAAUUUCAUAUAUCGUUAUUUAUUUAUAAAGAUUUGAUUAGGAAUAAAUGAUUCAUUUAAUAAUAAUGUCUUUGGUGAUCAGAUCAUUUGUACUGGGUUUCCUUAAAUCUUUCUACUUUAUUUUUACUUCAUUGCUUGUUGACUGCAUUGAGUUUUCGCUAUUUCUUACAUACGCACACACACUUGCACGUUCAAAUAAAUACAAUAAAUUCACACAUACAUUGCCAAUCAGCUAAAUCAUGAAAUCUCUCCAAUUCUCUCUCUCUCCCUCCCUAACAUCAUUUUUCAUUAUGGCUGUAUAUCAUAGUCUUAUAAUCUGUAUAGUUUUGGAUUCACAUUACAUCCAUAAAGAAUGUUGUUUCACUGAGUCUAUUUGUAUACAUCAUCUACUUCUUUCCACUUAUUCUGAUUGUGUGCUUUUGCGUAUAGCACACUACACAAUCAUAAAUCGAAUCCCAAUCAGCUCUCCUCACUUUUUUAUUUUGGUAUUUGUUUUUCGCCACCUCAUUUUUCGUUUUUUCCAAAGAUUUUUUCCCAUUGCUUUAAUUGAAACUUAUUAUUACUACUACUAUUGUGUUCAUUUAUGUUUACGUCGACAUUUUCUAUCUCUUUGAACUUAAGAUUUGCGUGUCUAGUUGUUAUUUUUCAUCGUCUUGGCAUUUCCCCCCCUCCAUUUGUUUUUGUUUGUCUCUGUCACUUACAUUUUUUUAUUUCUUUCAUUUUUAUUGCUUUUUAUAUUUUACGAAGAAGAAAAUCAGCCAUGAAAUAAAGAAACUUUUGCGUGCGUUUGCCUCUUUACUUCAUAGUAAUAUAUUGUACAUGAAAUAGAUAAUUAUCAGAGUUGAUUGAUUUCAUUUGGAAGCAAAUUAAUGUUAACUUAAUGUGUUUUUUGAGGCUGUAACAUGUCACAGCAAUUUAGCAUCUGGGAGGUUCAGUGAUUGAAAGAGUUGACAAUCAAAUCUUCUGUUUAACGAAUCCUACUGAAUUUAAGUUGGCUGUAUCUCCGAUAUCGUAAAAUGUUAUGUAUGAAAUCAAAAUAAGCUUUAAUCCUAUGUUCUAUUAAAGCUUUGCAUCUCCAAUCCACGAACUUACCAAACUUCUUUGUUCGACUUUUAUUUUCAGAGUAGAUCAGUAAUUUCGUUUUAAAAAGUUGCAUUAACUCGUCACUAUGGUCAACAUUUUAGAACAGUUGGAACUCAAAAGGAGCCAAAUGGAUGGUAUCUCUACAUAAUUGAUGAGGGUUCACAAUCCUACUAGUUUAUGAUUCUGUCGCAAAAAAAAAGUAUUGUUCAGACAAUAAUAGUCUGUAGUUUUAUAUCCACUCUCAAAUCUUAUUUCACUUGUCACCUUUGAGCUUCAAGGCAGAAAGCUUUUUAUUGCUGUUGGUUGUUCCAGUUUUACUUCAGUAUGUAUAUGUAGUUGAUAACAACUAAUAUCCAUUUUAUGGGUAGUUCCUUGUAGGUAACGUCUCUAUGGGAGAUAAGCUUUGUGAAGAAACUAUCUGAUUGGAUUUAUUUUAUGCUGUAGUGAGAGAAGGCUCAAAAAUAUCGAUAUAUUGACUUAAAGAAAUCAUUUUUUAUCAUUUCACUUAAUUAUUUCGUUUCUGGGACAUCUAAAAAAGUGAUCUUAUUGUAAAACACGAC